GCGCACGCCGCGCACCUCGCGUCACCUGGACCACCACUAGUGCAACGAGCGCGAACUUUCAAAACAUUAUUUUACUGCAAGUUUUUUUCUGUGUUCUGGACUGACUGUUCUGUGACAAAAUGCCUAAGAAUAUUUUAGCUGAGAUGGGGUCCCAAGUGGGCCUCACACCCCGGCAGAACCAGAAGGAGCCAGAACAAUGGUCUCGGCGGCAGAGCGGCCCCAUGAUCAACCCGUCAUUCGAGCCAGACGACUUCCUACCACAAAGCCUGUCACCGGUGAAGGAUGAGAAGAAGAGGCCUGGAGACAAGAGCAUCUUCCUCGUUAACAUGAAUGAGAAGACCAUUCCCGAGGUUGAAGAGUACGAGCCCUAUGACAACAGAGUCGUGGACCAUCCUACAACGAACUUGGAAACGUUUCUUCACCUGAUGAAGGGCAGUUUGGGUACGGGCAUCCUGGCCAUGCCCAAAGCCUUCUCCAACGCUGGUUACGUAGUCGGCUCCGUAGGAACCGUGGUCAUCGGUGUCCUAUGCACGUACUGUAUACAUAUCCUGAUCGACUCAUGCUAUGUGCUAUGCAAGAGAAGAAAAGUACCAUCGCUGUCGUACACUGCGGCCGCGGAAGCAGCGCUUCUGGAAGGACCUGAUUGGUGCAAGGCCUGCGCGCCUUAUGCAGCGCACGUGGUGAACGCUUUUCUACUGGUGUACCAAAUAGGAACAUGCUGUGUAUACGUAGUCUUCGUGUCGGAGAACAUCUACUUCGUACUGACAAAGCACUUUGGCAUAGAAAUAUCAGUCUUACAAGUAAUGUUGUGCGUCCUACUGCCGCUGGUACUAAUCAACUGGGUGAGAGACCUGAAGUAUCUGGCUCCCUUCUCCGCCAUCGCGAACGCGGUAACCAUCGUGAGCUUCGGUAUCAUCCUGUACUACAUCUUCAGGGAAACUCCCACCCUAGAAGGCAAGGUCCCAGCAGGAAAACUGGCUAACUUCCCAUUGUUCUUCGGAACUGUGCUGUUUGCUCUGGAAGCUAUUGGCGUGAUUCUGCCCUUAGAGAACGAGAUGAAGACACCAAGAGACUUCGUGGGCAAGUUCGGAGUACUGAACUGUUCUAUGAUCAGCAUCAUCAUCCUAUACGUGGGCAUGGGCUUGUUCGGCUACCUGCAAUACGGUGACCUGUCUGAAGGCAGUAUCACCCUCAACUUGCCCUCUGAUAAAGAAAUUCUUGCCAACGUAGUCCAGUGCCUGCUUGCCUUCGCAAUCUUUAUCACCCACGGACUCGCCUGCUAUGUCGCGAUAGACAUCUUGUGGAACGAGUACAUCGGCAUACGUCUGCUGAAUAGCAAACACAGACUUCUUUGGGAGUACUUCAUCAGGACUACCAUCGUGCUUAUGACUUUUGGUAUCGCAGCAGCUGUGCCGGCUCUGGAGCUAUUCAUCUCACUGUUCGGAGCUCUGUGUUUAUCAGCACUCGGUUUGGCAUUCCCCGCCUUGAUCCAGAGCUGCACAUACUGGUACUACGUGUCUCGUUCUGAACGGAUCCGCAUGAUUGUCAAAAACGCCAUCGUCGUGCUGUUCGGUGCCCUGGGACUUGUCGUCGGUACUUGGACUUCACUUGAGCGCAUCAUUGCUACUUUCGGCACCGGCGGCAUUGAGGCCAGCUCCAACCAUACCGUAACCAGUAACACAACGCUAGCGCCCUGAACAAGACCCAGCGGGAGCGUUGAACCACUCUCGUAGCAGUGCCAUCGCAGAACCGUCCCGCAUUCAACAAUGCAACGAUUCUUCUUAGGUACAUACUCUAGGAUAUUGUAGAUGUAUAAGUAUUUUUUGAGGGACGUUUUCCAUUGGAACGUUAACAUAUAGUUUAUAAGAGAUGUAUUAUGAAUUGUUGACUCAUAUUAAUUGUAAGACAGCUUUAUUUUAGUGGUAGUAUAGUGUUAUAGGUAGACGUACAUAGGUACAAUAUUUCAUGCUGAUUCAAUUAUCUGUACACUCUUACAUAUAUUUGUCAUGGGCAACAAGCAAAUGCUUCUGCUACACUUUAAUUCCCAAAUUUUAAUUGUUAGUCCCAGUGACAUGAGCUAUUGCAAUAACUAAUCGAGUAUUAAAAAUUAAGUAUUUAAAUUAUUAUUUAGUUCAAUGAUAUUUUGAUUUUGAUAAUAAAUUGUUAAAUAUUGCCGUAUGUUAUGAGCUGAUGGUGACCGUACCCGACGACUCUGUGAUCAGCUAGUGAUAAUAAGAAUAAUUAAGUUCUUGCCAGAUCUGUAUCAAGCUGCUCGAAGGAUUAAAGCAUUAGUUUUAUGUCUCCUUUGAUCUGCUCUAACUGCUCGAUAAUCACAUUUUCACUUUGCAACAUUCUUAUGUUUUCUAUCUGAUAUCCAUAAAUUAUGCCUUUUCACAUUUUUAACUAACAUCAUUUAUUUCUAUUUGAGAAUAUGUAUGUAUACGUGCAUUUAGUUAAUUUAAUAAUACAUAGGUAUGGCUAAUCAGGGGCGUCUCUAAUGCAUGUAGCGCCUGGGUGCAAUAAAUACCUUGGUGCCCUCUUGUGUCGUACUACCCACUAAGUAAAAAUAGGGUGCCUGACAUACCCUGCACUACAGGUUAAGACGUCCCUGUGGAUAGUUUUAAUGUUAUGCAACAAAAUACCGGUCUCAUUGUAGUUGUCGGGUUAACACAACAGUAAGCGGUUGUAAUAGUAAGUCGUUAGUAUUAGUAGCAAGCGUAAGCGAUUAUCCUAAAUCAGUGAGAUUGAAUGCUAGUUAAAAGGUGGCAUUUUGCUAGAGAUAAAGUACAAUCAGACUAAGGAUUAAUUUAUGUAGACAAGCUUCUUCGAUGUUCCAGUUGCAAUCUUUAUUCUAAUUUUAAUGAGGACAUCAAAGUUACAAGUAGGUCAUUAGUAUAACAAGUACUAAGUAUUGAACAUCGAACAAGUAUAACUGAACGCAUUAUAUUAGUUAGGCAUGACUGUUUUUUUUUUAUUUUUUUGUACACAAUUACAUGUCGCAGCUUCACGUAAAUUUUUGAUACUCUUUGAUAAUAAUUCAGUUGGAUAUUCCGUGAAAAUCGCUGUCGGCCGCGAUCCUGGUUAACAGAUCUGUGAUUUGAUAAGGAAAGGGCUAAUUAAUAUAAGGCCGUAAGAUUGCACAGCAGAAAGUUUUAGCCGUUAUACAUUUUGAAUGAAUAUUAUUUAAAAAUUGUAAGUAACUUAUUUUGACCUACAAAGAUCUUUAUAUUAAUUUGACUCCCAUCAAAGUUUAGUCAUAAAUUUAUCCUCGCUAAAUUGUUACCGACUUAACUUUUGGUUGUAAGUGACCGGACUUUACGUGGACUUGAACGAAUAAUUAGCAUUUUUGGAUCAUAAAUAUAAAUUGAUAUAGAAAUAUAAAAUUUUCGCCAUGAUCUUUGACAUUUUUUCUCAUAUCAAGCAGUAUCCUAAAUAGGUAGGUUUAAUGUACAAAUGCCAAGCGUGUUCCGGUCAUGCAUAUUGAUACAAACUGUGAUGUUGAUAGAUAUUAAUAUAUUUAUUAGGAUUUACUCAUGUAGUGUUUCGAUUAUUUGUUUGUUGUGCUGUGUGUUGGACACGACAGUGAUAAAGUGCUCAGAUGUGUAACUAGGUAAAACCCAAUGUAAUAAAAUUAUUAUCAUAAUA